AUGCAAGAUCCGGACACCGCAAUUGCGGCAAUUAAGGUGAAAGUGGUUCGCGAGCGAAACAAAAUGGUUGACUGGUACGAUUAUUUUUCCAUGAUGCAAGAAGUGCAAGAGGGCAUCGAUGAAUAUGUUGCUCGGUUGAAAUCAUUGGCGAAGUUGUGUCGUUUCGGUGCUUUGGAGGAAGAGUUUGUGAUGUACAAAGUGAUGACCGCCAAUAAAUGGCCAAAGCUACGAGCAAAGUUGUUAACGACCCAGAAUCUGUCUUUGGCGAAAGCGAUCGAUAUGUUCCGCGCGGAAGAGAUAUCAGAGAAACACGCCGUGGCUGUUGGACAAGCCAGCGGUGAUGUAAACAUGGUGAAAAGCAAGAAGAAAAGUUUGAAGUGCAAGUUCUGUGGCGAUUGGCACGAUUUCGCCAAGGGAUCGUGCCCCGCACUAGGGAAGAGGUGUCGUGGGUGCGGUGGAAAAAACCACUUUGAGAAGGUCUGCAAGGCGGACGGUAAGAAGAAGAUGAAGAACAAGAGAAAAGUGAAGAAAGUGCAGGAUGGUAGUCUUUCAGACACCAGCCAAAGUGAGGACAGUGACAAUUCGGAAACGGAGAGCGAAGAAGAAGUGGUUAUCGGAAAAGUCUAUGAUUAUUCGGACGCUGGAGGCAACGUGCUUGCGGAUUUGGAAGUGUUCGUCAGCGAUAAAUGGCAAUCGGUACGCUGUGAACUGGAUACCGGCGCAAAUACGAGCCUUGUAGGAGUGGAUUGGCUGAAGAAAAUGGCAGGCGGUGAAUGUCCCGAACUGCUGCCUUCUAACUUCUAA